CUGGUUUCUCCUUACUGCUUAUAGUAAAAUGCAAGAGGAAAGAGACUGGAGUGAUGCAGCUACAAGCCAAGGAAUGCCAAAGAUUGCCAGCAACCACCAGCAGCUGGGAAAACACAAGGGACGAGCUCACCUGGAGGCUUCAGAGAGCAUGGCUUUGCCAACAUUUUCAGUGUGAACUCCCAGAACUAUGCAGCAAUAAAUGUCUCUGCUUUGAACCUUCAUAGUUUGUAAUAAUCUGUUAGAGCAGCUCUAGGAAUCUAGUCCAUCACCUUUCUCUUUUCCUCUACCUUUUCCCCUGCCUGCUUUCUGUUCCUCCUAACGACCCAAAGACUCCCCUCCUGCGUUACAUGCUCUGAGCGGUGAAAAUUUACUAGAAUAUGCUCUUCCGCAUUCUCUACCCACACGUCUGGCCCAGAUGGACCGUGGAAGUCUCAGUGAUGGGAGAAGUUGUAGCUUUCUCAGGAGUUUAGCUUUGAAAUUCUCUGGAGACUCUAGCUUUUGUCCACAAUGUACACAACACUGUCAACCGAAAAGUUGAGAAUUCUGUUUUAUUCAGCAGACUUUCUGAGGACCUGAGGCCCGGGAGGCAGCCUCUCAGCUAGCUCUGAGGGACCACUCCCAAGACAUAAGAGAGGAGCCUGGUACUGGCAUCUUUACAAUCGACACGGCGCUCUUCUCCACCACAAUCCAGUGUCAGUAGAUCGGCUUCACUGUGCAAUUUCCAUUAGGAGCCAAUCAACAGGUCUCCUCCUCUCUGGGCUCAGACCUAGGUGGUGGCAACAUGGCUAAAUGCACCAAGAAGGUCAGAACGGUGGGUAAAUACGGGACCCAUUAUGGUGCCUCCCUCCGGAAAAUGGUGAAGACAAUUGAAAUCAGCCAGCACGCCAAGUACACUUGCUCCUUCUGUGGCAAAACCAAGAUGAAGAGACGAGCUGUGGGCAUUUCGCACUGUGGUUCCCGCAUGAAAACGGUAGCUGGUGGUGCCUGGACCUACGACACCACUUCUGCCGCCACAGUAAAGUCAGCCAUCAGAAGACGGAAGGAACUGAAGGACCAGUAGAAGCGCCACCAUUUGAAACAUUGCUAGCCUACAACAAAUGGGUUAAUUUAUGUAACAACAGCAACAGAAUCAAAAAACAAAGCUUGUUCUUACAGGGACUCCUAGAAGUUUUUUUUUUUCUUUUUAUCCCCAACCAUUUAAUCAAUUUUGUAUAAAAGACUCUGGGUUACCAGGGACUUCCCUGGUGGUGCAGUGGUUAAGAAUCUGCCUGCCAACUCGGGGGACACAGGUUCGA